AUGUAUCUUUCAGAAAUCGCUAAAGUGUGCAACAGAGGAGCGAUCUCGACCUUAAUGGACAUCUUCAUGAACCUUGGGGUCGUGUUUAGUUUUUUGUUAGGACCUCUCUGUUCUCUUAAGCUUCUAACGUUUUUGUGUGCCUUACCAUUAGUUUUUUUCAUCAUUGUAUUUGGUAUAUUCAUCCCAGAAAGUCCAAUAUUCCUAGUAUCGGUGCAUAAGGAAGAAGCAAAAGAAGCUCUAAAAAAAUUGAGAAUGACAAAGGACGUUAAUGAUGAGUUUAAAGCGUUACUAACUUCAUUUGAAGCUUUAAAUAAAAACGAAAAAGAAGCUUUAGAGUUAUUUAAAGAUACUGGAUCCAGAAAAGCUCCAGAUCCAGAAAAGAGUUGUCGAUAUACGUGCAUUGAAGUAUUUACCUAA